AUGAAUCGCGAGGGCUGCGACAUCCCAAUCAUGCUAAGCAUGGACCACUUAGACUACGAAGACAUCGCCAAGCUCAAUCCCUUCUACGACGAAUACAAAUCUUUCUGGGAGUUUCCAUCGGAUGAAACGUUCUCUUCGCUAUCCUCGAGCACUUCCUCGACCACCUCCCCGAGCAGCUCUUCGUUCCAGUCAAUCCAUUCUGAGCUUGACAUGGUCGUUGCCCCUCUAGAAGUGUCACCAUUUGCUCCAAUGCACCAUAACCAAGGAGCGGAUCGGUUCCUUGCGCCGGAGGAGCCUUGUAUGGUGGUCCAUGGCGGAAAUGAACACAAGACGAUCUACACCGCGCACGAAAAGUCCGCAGUGGCUCAGGUUGCAAUCGUGGAGUAUGAGGAGCAUUCCAAGCAGCCCAUGAAGCCGGUGAAAAGCAACCCCAAUUCGAGCCAGUCGGAAUUAUCGUGUCUCGAUCUUGUCGAUAAUCCGUUUAAGGCAAAAUUCGCCUCGCAUAAAAAGCUCUUCGGCGAGAAUGGCUGGCUUGGGAGCGCUCCAGAAUCAAAUCACCAGUCGAACGAGAAGCAUAUGUCAAAGACAUUCAUCAACCUGGGGAAGAAGAUCAAACACCAAGUCGAAGAGUUUGCCGAGGAUAUGGUGAAGGUCUAUCCUAUUCCAUUCAUUCAUGCUCAGCGUCCCUUGAGAAUGUUUCCCACAACGACUGUUCCCAUCUCGCUGAAUCCUCCAAUGCAAGCCAAGAUGUAUUCCGAGCUAGAAGUCAUGAUCUGUGUCACUGCAAACGAUUUCCUAGUCCAGCAAUACAGCAGUGGGCGGGUCUCCGAAGAAUCGAUCAGGAAAGUGAAGAGCUUCUGGGGAUCAAAGAAUAGGCCUCAGGUUGUUGAGUUUCAAUUCGACCAGGCCACUCAGCGUCGACUGAUCCUAUCGAAUAUCCGCACUUUACAGUUCAACGGCGAGAGUUCGACCAAUCCAAUUCUCCUGCAUUCGAAUCUCCGUAAUUGGAAGGCAAUCGUGCAAGAGAUGAGUGUGCGCACAUUCUGUGCUCCUGACAGUGCUAUCCGCAAGCACAUGCACGAUAUUCACAAGCUCCUUGAGAUGCUAGGAGUGCCGACCGUGACCUUCCUUGCCUUCCAGGACCUUCAAAUGAAAGCCUUGGCCAUGAUGAAGAAACAUCUGGAGGAACGGUACUCUGACGAGAAGGGCAACAGCAAAUCGUCUAGGCCCAAAAACGGAUCCACUCAAGGGUGUCGGGGACAGGCUGUUUAG